UAACGUCAGUGUCUGCUGUCGCUCUGGCGGGCUUCAUCGCCGUCGUCUUCCCCGCCGUACCGCCGUCUUCCUUCUCUAUCUUCAACUUCGUCUUCUUCUCACUUGCUUUACCUGUUGUAUCCAACAGUAAACGGUGGUCUUAACAGUAUCCCCACUUGGCGUCACUGGGAUGGGUUUCCGCGGUGGCUACUGGGAGGGAUACAACAAUGGCAAACCUUCCCCAACCUCCAAUCCCAACAAAUUGGUAUUUUAGAAGGUUGAGAAGAAGAAAAAUUCUUUGGUAAUGAGAAAAGAUCUUACCCUGAGUAAGCAUGCUGUUGAUUAUGUUAAGAAAGCCUCCAAAAAAAGGGAUGACGGCAAAAGAAGCUUAGCUGCUGACGAUUCUGAUGUGAUGAAGGCGAAGAAGAAGAAGAAAAAACGAGUUAUUCGGAUAGAUCCAUAUGAUACAUCCAACAAGAGAUUGGACGAUGGUAAUAGUCAAAUGGAGAAAGAUUCGGAAGAAAAUGAAAGUGUUGAGAUGUCAAAGAAUGCACAAUUUCGUGCCAUACGCCCUAGCACUUCUAUCCUUACUUUUGUGGAGGACAAUUUAUUAGGACGCAGAAGGGAUAUUGAAUUUAGAAGGGCGGGCUACAACACUGAAUUAUCUGCCCUGUUAGACAACAUUCCCUUCUCAACGGCUUCAGAAAGAGAACGGAUUGAGAUACCUGUAUUCAGGAAUAAAUUAGAGUUCUUUGCCGCCGCAAAAGUUUCAUCAUCAUUUCCCCCUCCCGACCUUCCUGAGAUUGCAUUUGCAGGUCGGUCUAAUGUUGGCAAGUCAUCGUUGCUCAAUGCUCUAACAAGGCAAUGGGGUGUUGUGCGAACAUCAGACAAGCCUGGCCUUACACAGACCAUCAAUUUUUUUAAGCUUGGGCCAAAGCUAUCUUUAGUAGAUUUGCCUGGAUACGGUUUUGCUUACGCCAAAGAUGAAGUUAAAGAAUCUUGGGAAGAACUUGUGAAAGAGUAUGUUAGCAGUCGGGCUAGUCUAAAGCGAGUAUGCCUUCUCAUUGACACAAAAUGGGGCAUGAAACCAAGGGAUAAUGAAUUCAUUGACUUGAUGGAAAGGUACCAAACCAAGUACCAAAUUGUAUUAACAAAAACGGAUUUGGUCUUUCCCAUUGAUGUGGCACGACGGGCAAUGCAGAUCGAAGAGAACCUCAAAUUGAAGAAAUCUGCAGUUCAGCCAUUGAUGAUGGUAAGCUCAAAAACAGGGGCAGGCAUCAGAAGUUUGAGGACUGUUCUUGCUAGCGUUGCUCGGAUGUUGAGGCGCUGACUAGAGGACACUAUUGGUUCUCUGGAGGCAAUGCAUACUUGUAUAUGCGCGACGGUUGCAGCUGCCAAUGCUAGUCGAAGAGUGUAACUUCCAUUUGUAGCGAUAUUUUUUAGUUCAAAUGAGACUUCCCAAGUGGUCGGUAUGUAGCUGCCGUUUCCAAUCUUCCUGUAUUGAAGCAAUUAAUUACAAUGUGGGUUGACAUUAGCUCAUUGCAAAUUAUGAUUGAGAAACAAAAACAUUGGCUAAUAUUUCACCUAUUUACAUGAGCAAAGAACCAAUCUUUCCGGUAGUCACUUUCUCCGACCUUGUACUUCAAAUCUUGCUUCGGAUAAUUGUCUGUAUAUCUAUCCCAUAAUCCAUAUUGUCUAUACUUGUCUUUGUUGAGGAACAACUUGUUCACAAGGUUUGGGUCGGGAUCAGGUAUGUAGAAUUCAGCUGCGCUACGAUCAGGAAUCCCUAUUUCCCAAAGAGUCGGACCAUUUCUCGGAGGUUUGUGUAUCAAAUUUCCCAUUUGAACUUGGUUUCCUGAUAAAAUAUACACACACACACAAACAAAUUGAUUACCACGCGAACACUUAUUUAUGAAGCGAGGGCAUUGUUCUCUUUACACUUUGUUUUGCAAUUUCUUUUACUAUUCAACUCUCACAAACCUGGUUGAAUGAUCAGAAUAUCACGGUUCUUAUAGUCUCCAAUGAUCCCUGGAACCCAAGCAUACAAAUUAUAUUUGUCUGCUCGGAUGUUUUUUAUGGUGAAGUAGCCUGUCUUGUUUGUACGUGUCCAAAAUUGGUAACCCUGUCCAGAACAUAGGAUGUGUUUCUUUUCAGUCUAGAUUGAUUUUUGAGCUUUUUCACAUAAUAAUAUUUGAUGCGAUGUUUGUAGAGUAAAAGUAUUUUGGAUUUAUAGAAGCCGGAGAUCAAAUAGUAAAAAACUAAGUAGAAAUUGAAAGGAAACACAGAAGAUAAAGCAAAGGUAAGUAUAAUGUUUGAAAUUCAAUUACGAUUGCGAAGCUAAUAAAUUUCACCUUCACAUCGUUUUGCCAGGAUUUCUUACUUCCAGGAGGAGCCAAUCCGAUGUAUGCAAAUUUUGCAGGUACGAGUUUUGUGUCAAUGUAUUUGUCUCUAACUAGCAAUCGACCACAAAUUGCCCCACGUUGGUUGGCACGAGGAAAGUCGCUCGAUACAGGGAAGUCGUAAGGCCAUUUACUCGUCUCCUUCAACAUCUGAUAAGCAUAAGGUAUUGACAAAACCAUCAAGUUAAGUUCAAACCGUAUGAUUUUAAUUACUUCAUUAUAUUAACCUGUUCUUUAGCAUCGUUCCAUAGUGUAGUUGUUGAAUUGGUCGAAUCCGAGUUUAGAUACAUGAAAAUUGGGCCGAAGACCUUCUUCCAUGGCUCCCCUUUGCGUAAUUUUAGUCCAAAAUCUUCUCCAGCGUAAUGUCUACUAUGAAACAUCUGUAGAAUAUCGAUGAUCAUUCUUUUGUCUAAUUAGAAGUUACGAUAUUUGGUAGACGAUGCCUUGGUGAUGAUACUCACAACUAAACUAGUAGGGCCGACAUGGGAUGUAAGGUCGGGUUUGAUAGGUCCACCCCCCCGAAACUCAUCGCUCGGUGUUAUCACCCAAAAUCCCACUUGUUUUUCAGUGCUAAUCCAUCCGUGGACACGGUUAUCCUUGUUAUCUACGGAGUAUUGAUACUUAUCAUCGACCUGGAAAAGAUAUUUAAAAGGGUUAUGUAUAUGUGGUUAGACUAUUAGUUUGUUUCGAUUUAUCGUUUAUUACCUCUCCUUUAAGGUUUGGAUUUCGGGGAUUUGUAAUCACCUUGGCUUCCCUGUAUAUAAGCGGUCGACCUGAUCGCCUAUUUCGCUCCGUUGGCAUGAUUCUUUGCAUGUCGUCGGAUAUAGCCAUGU